CCCUCUCCCAAGGCUCCAGGUGAGACAUUAUUAAGCGCAGGAAAGGCGGGAGCCUGGGAAACUGUUGAAUUUCUGGGCUUCACUCGGUGAGGUACCGCGAAUGUCUGUUGCUCGCCGUCUUCUUUCCCUGAGGGAGAAGCGGGGCGGAUGACUCGUCAGAGGCUUGGCGAAGUGUGGCGGGCUGGGUGGACCUGCGAGCCGGAGGACGAGGCGAGGGCUGAGGGCAGCGUGUUCUGUUUUCCCCCUCCGGCUGACGCGAAGGCACAGAAGGUGGCGAGGCUGCCGCACGCGCCGGGAGAGCGUGCUCAGGUCCUCCCUCCCCACCUUCACACGGGGCGAGAUUAAAAUCCAGACGCGCACCCAACCUCGUCAGCCAGUCCACAGCGUCGUUCCGGGCAGAGGGGCAGAGACAGCCUCCAUCCAUCAUGUGCGCCAACAUAGUCUACGAGUGGCUGAAGACCCUGAAGCUCUCUCAGUACGCGGAGUCCUUUGUGGAUAACGGCUAUGACGACCUGGAGGUGUGCAAGCAGAUCGGGGACCCGGACCUGGACGCCAUCGGGGUCUCGCUGCCACAGCACAGGCGCCGGCUCCACGAAGCCGUGCAGAGGCUGAAGGAGGAAGACGAGACCACCGCCGGGCUUUACUUCACCCUGGAGCCUCAGCCGCCCCAGCCCAGCUCGCCUUCGCCGGAGAUAUAUACCAGCCACCUGGUGGAGCAGUACGAGGCCAAGGCUUGGAAGGAGCCGCUUCCUAAACCCCGUCAUCCUCAGGGGAACAAGAAAGGGGUCCCUCGGAAAGUGGGGACCCGCAGCCUGGAGCUGAUAACCUACCCCAAGCUCAAACUGAAAAUCAUGAUUAGGGACAAACUCGUCCGGGAUGGGAUCAACCUCAGCAAACCGCCCUACUCCAACAAGGUAAGCGCCCUGCUGCAGUUGCACCCAGGGCCGGCCGGCUCGUUAGGCAAGAGAAGACGGUUGCCUCAGGCGGCAAGUUGCGGGAGCGCGGCUGAACUGCCGCUGCCACAUACCCGCGACGCGCCUGCUGUUCACCGCUGGGCGCCCGCCGUAACAAGUGGCAAUAGUAGCCAGCUGGACAGAGCCUCCAGUCUACCCCGAGGCAGCGGCGAAUAA